CCCGCCGCCGCCGCCAUGGAGGAGCCGCUACCGCCGCCGCCGCUGCCGCUGCCCCAGGCGGCCCCGCCGCCCGCCCCGUCCGACAGCGCGGCCCCCGCCGCCCCGCUGGAUGGGGACCUCGCGGCAGAGGCCGCCGCCGAGUGGAACAUCCCGCCCAGCGCGCCCGCCUGCAUGGAGCGGCACCUGGAGCGCGCGCACUACCGCGCAGACGGGGCCCUGCUGCUGGGCGCCUCCGGGCUGAACGGGCGCUGCUGGACCGGCUCGCUGUGGGUGUUCGCCGAGCCCCGGCGCGCCCCCAGCGAGGGCUUCUGCACCGCCGGCGUGCAGACCGAGGCGGGGGUGGCCGACCUGUGCUGGCUGGCCGACAGGGGCAUCCUGGUGGCCUCCGACUCCGGUGCAGUGGAGCUGUGGGAGCUGGAGGAGAACGAGAGCCUCAUCGUGAACAAGUUCUGUAAAUACGAGCACGAUGACAUCGUGACCUCGGUGUCGGUGCUGGCCGGCAGCAGCCAGGCUGUCAGCGGGGGCAGGGACUGCUGCGUGAAGGUCUGGGACAUCCCAGAGCAAACGGUGCUGCACUCCUACAGAGCUCACUCCGAUGCAGUGACAUGUGUGGCCUCCUGUCCUGGUAAGGACACUGUGUUCCUGUCCUGUGCUGAGGACAACAGAACUUUACUCUGGGACACCAGAUGCCCCAAACCAGCUACCCGAAUUGUUUGCAGUGCCUGUAAUUACCUCCCUACCUCAGUCAUGUGGCAUCCACAGAAAAGUGACAUCUUUGUCUUGGGUGAUGAAAGUGGAACAGUUGCACUGGUGGACACAAAGAAUCCUGACUCUGCCCUCAGCGCUGCCGUGCACACCCGAGGCAUCACAGGCUUUGCUUUCUCUGCACACAGUUCACCCUUACUGGCUUCCAUCAGUGAAGACUGUUCAGUUGCUGUUCUUGACUCAGACCUCUCAGAGGUGUUCAGAAACCAUUCUCAUCGAGACUUUGUAAAAGGCUUGUCCUGGUCUCCUUCAGAUGAUGCCUUGCUCACUACAGUUGGAUGGGAUCAUCAGGUUUUACAUCACACUGUCCCCCUACCAGCUGGUGAAGCUUCUGGAAUCAACUGUGUAAAAGAAUAGUUUUAUAAACUCGUGGUCCAAGUUCCUUGCUGGCAUCACUUUGAUUCUGCUGAAGUCGCAGGUGUGUGAGCUGGAGUGGGGUCUGGUGUCUGCCUCCAAGCUUGUGGCUAAGAAGGUUCCUGUAGUAAUUUUGAAUUAGGCAUACAUUAGUUGUAAGCCAAGCUUUACCCUCUCCUCAGGAGUGGCUUCUCCUGUAAUAAAAGACUUUGGUUUUACUCAGAAAAAAUUGACUUCAGGCACAGAGGAGACUGGGAGAGACAGGGAAUUAGGUGUAAUGAAAAAAGAAAUAAAGUCAAAAAGCCUUGA